AUGGAUGCUAAUGAAACUUGGGAGAUGGAUCAAAUUCCUGCAGUGUCUGAUAUUAAUGAAGAACAAAAUUUAGAUAGAUCAAGAUCAUCUUCUAGAAUUUCACUGACUAUUCAACGACCUUGGAGUGCAUUUAGAAAAUUUGAACGACAACGUAAACGAGAUAGUGUUGCAGAAUUCAAUGUAAAUAUAUCAAAAGAAACAAAAGCCACAUUUAAACAUAGACCAAAUAAAAUAUUUAGUCAUAUAAAUCCAAUUACAACACAAUCUACCGGAACUUCUUUAUGGAGAUCUCAAUCGGCAAAAGUAUUACCUCUUGAAACCAACAUAGAUAAAAUCUCUAGUCAAUCAAUUUGCAACAUUUCAACUGCUAUAGAUCGGUCCGUUGAUUCAAAUAUUAUAUGCGCUGAAAGAUAUUCAACACAAAGUCCUAUGAUUCCAAUGCUAUUACGACGCAGUAUAUCUCCCAUAGUUAGUAAGACUCUGGAACACAGAACUCAUAAGAUGAAAAAUACAAAUCAUAAUAGGAUUCCAAUUCGAUUCGGCAGUUCAGUUAGACAAAGUGGAAUAGUCGAUCUACGUUCACCGUCUAUUAUUGAUCAAAAUAGAGAAGCUUCAAGUUACCCAAGUUUGUUUGACCCGCUUACUUCAUAUCCUCGUAUUACUACUAAUGCUACUACUACCACUGCCAAACAUUCUUAUUUAAAUAAAAUUAACAAUAGUUUAUCACAUUCUUUUCUAUUUCGACCACCAGUUAAUUUAUCUCAACAAAGUCUUCAUAAUCAACCACAUAGACCACUUCAUUCAAUUCGAGUCUCAGGAUUAGUUAGUGGUUAUGAUUUCUCUUCUCCAAGUAUUUCUGAAUUUGAAAAUGCAUUUUGUUCUGGACGUCCACAACCAAUGGGUGCUUCAAUAUCGGAUAAUUUACUAUCACCAAAACUGAAAUCAACUAGUGAACAUGGUCUAUAUGAUUUAACUAGACGAAGAGCAACUGAACCAUUUCAAUUUACAGAAACUCCUACCACUACUACUAAUGCUGCUGGAUCAUCUACCAGUUUCAUCCGAAAUUUACACAACAUCACUUCAUCAAUAUCAACAUCUAUUCAACAACAACAACAGUCGAAUACAAAUCCAAUCGAUUCAAUUCGUGUAGUUCGACCACAAACUAUAGCUCAAUUAGCAGUUCAACGUUAUCGUAAUCAACAAAAACAACAGAGUCACUUCAAAUUUAAACAUUAA